AUGAAGGCUCAAUUUGCUUCUCUCUUGCUCCUGGUGCCUACGGCAUGUGGACUGCAAUAUUAUAAAUGUGAAAGUGGGAAAAAAUUUGACUAUUCAGUUGUUAGAGGUUACACAUCAGAAGCCUCCUACGACCAAAUUCAAGCUAGUGAUCCUUUAUUUGUUGGUGGAAGUACCUUUGGGGCAUAUCGAUUUACAGCUAAUAGACCAGAUGGAACUCCAACAAAUUACUUAGUCCAAUCUGUCAGUGUGGACCCAUACCAACGGAUAUUUGAACUCUCAGGAAGCCGAUGGAGAAUAUGUACUCUGUUAGAUUUUGUCAUGUAG